AUGUCAGAAGAGGAGGAGUUAGUGUACGAGGUGCAUGAGAUUGUAGUGCAGAAGAUCGGCCAUGUCCCUGUGGCCAAGGGGGACUUUAACCAUCUUCCAAGGAAAGUGAAAACUUUUGUCGCCCACUGUGUCCAACUGUGUAAACCUCGAGGUAUUUACAUCUGUGAUGGCGACCAGGCGGAGGCUGAUGAGAUUAUUCACAAACUUCUGGAGAGGGGCACGUUGACGAGGCUGACAAAAUAUCAGAAUAACUACCUGUGCCGCACAGAUCCCGCAGACGUAGCCCGAGUGGAGUCAAAGACAUUCAUUGUGACAGAAAAUAAAUACGAUUCAGUGCCACAUGUCCGUGAAGGGGUCAGCGGAACCCUCGGAGCAUGGUUGAGUCCUGAAGAUACGAAAGAGGAACUUGACCAGCGAUUCCCAGGAUGCAUGGCAGGACGCAUGAUGUAUAUCAUCCCCUUCAGUAUGGGCCCAGUUGGAUCUCCCCUCAGUAAAAUUGGUGUGCAGGUCACGGACUCUAACUAUGUGCUGCUCUGCAUGCGCACCAUGACCCGGGUGACUCCGAGAGUGUGGGAAGUGCUUGGGGAUUCCGACUUUGUCAAGUGUAUUCACUCUUUGGGCUGUCCACGGCCAGUACAGAGACGUGUGAAGAACCAUUGGCCCUGCAACCCGGAGAAGGUGAUGAUUGUCCACUUUCCUGAGCAACGGAAGAUCAAAUCUUUCGGCAGUGGAUACGGAGGGAACUCCCUUCUGGGGAAGAAGUGUUUUGCCCUUCGUAUUGCCAGCGUCAUUGCGAGGGAUGAAGGUUGGAUGGCUGAACAUAUGUUGAUCAUGAGCAUCACCACACCGAAGAACAAAGAGUUCUUUGUGGCAGCAGCUUUCCCCAGUGCUUGCGGCAAGACCAACCUGGCCAUGUUGAACCCCAGCCUACCAGGUUUUAGGAUCCAGUGCGUAGGAGAUGACAUUGCUUGGAUGAAGUUUGACGACAGUGGGGUCCUGCACGGGAUCAACCCUGAAGCUGGCUUCUUUGGGGUGGCUCCAGGAACCAACAUGAAGACCAACCCUAAUGCCAUGCUGUCCUUCCAGGCCAACAGCAUCUUUACCAAUGUUGCAGAAACUGCUGACGGUGGCUACUUCUGGGAGGGGCUCGAAGACGAGACCCCUAAGGGUAUUGGCAUCAUUGAUUGGCUGGGAAACCCCUGGCAUCCUGGCUGUGUUGGCAAGGCAGCUCAUCCCAACUCCCGCUUCACCGCACCAGCAUCCCAGUGUCCCAUCAUCCAUCCCAAGUGGGAGGACCCCAAGGGAGUGCCAAUCAGUGCUCUCAUCUUUGGUGGCCGUCGUCCAGUUGGUGUGCCACUUGUGUUCGAGUCGAAGAGCUGGGCUCAUGGAGUUCUGAUCGGAGCUUGUGUCAAGUCAGAGGCUACAGCAGCUGCCGAACACCAAGGCAAGAAUAUCAUGCACGACCCCAUGGCCAUGAGACCGUUCAUGGGCUACAACUUUGGCCAUUACCUGCAGCACUGGCUUGAUCUGGAGAAACCUGAUCGCCAGAUGCCUAAGAUUUUCCAUGUCAACUGGUUCCGUGUGGAUUCAAAAGGCCAAUUCCUGUGGCCAGGAUUUGGUGACAACAUCCGAGUCUUGGACUGGAUUUUGCGGAGAUGUGAAGGAGAUAACUCCAUCGCUGAAGAAACGCCGAUCGGCUACGUGCCCAAAAAAGGAACCAUUGACCUGUCAGGUCUAGAGGGCAUCAAUGAAGACGAGCUCUUCAGUCUGCCCAAGCAUUACUGGCUGGACGACACCAGGGAAAGCAAGCGCUUCCUGGAGGACCAGGUUGGUAUUGACACUCCCAGCAUCAUCUUUAAACUACUGGAUGAACAGGAGGAGGCUUUCAACAAGUGCCCAGAAUGA